UCAAAAAAAAAAAAAAAAAAAAUACCCUACAAGCUGCAGGAAUGCACGUCUUCUUUCCUAUGUACCUGCAUUCUUUCCUGAGGUUUAUUCCCGUCAACUGAUCUAAAUGGCGGCCAGCUUUCUACCAUUGCACAUAUGCUCGAGACCUGUCCUUUCAAGGCGCCAUUUUGUCCCGCGUCAGAUCGAACUCCUACACACCGCCCACACUGCCAAAUUUCAACCUGCACUCCCUCGAGCGAAGCCGAAGAGUAAGGAGGGGCAUGGUAGCGACGAGUUCAAAAAGCAUGAUGACAUACCUAAAGAAUUUUUUGAUGAUGAAUGGCAAGCACAACAGAGGGAAAAGACUCAGGAAUGGCAUGCUUAUCGAAAAAGAGAAGAGGAAAAAGAAAAUAUGAAAGAUGAUGAAUAUCGUGAAAUAGGUCUGCGUCUUAAGGGGUAUCCUGAGGAAGAAGUUCAGGAGGCAAGGAAAUUAGUAUCGAGUUUUAUAAGGGCUGAAGAAGAAGUCGAAGCGAAAAUUGAGGCUGCUGCUGAAAAAGGCCAACUUACAGAACUAGUUUUGAUGGUCAUAUGGAAUCGUCUGGACCUUGCUCGCCGUGACGACGAGAAGGAUGUCAUUAGGAGCCUUGACCUCUUGUAUAGGAGAGUAGAGACAGAGAUUUUAAAGGCGGAAGCUACAGCGUCCAUGAGGUUGUUAGAUGAUCUCUUGAACCUCUAUGAUGGCCAUGACAAGGAGGAUUGGCUGAAAAAAUGUCGGAAACGGAUGAUCGACACGUUUCCUCAAGAAGAUCCUUUUAGCAUUCUUGCACCAACUGGUUUUGACAUAAACAAUCAUCAAGGUCAUGUUGGACUGCCAGCUGAAGCUGAUGACUUGUUAUUGAGAGUUGAUUUUAUAAGAGAGGUUGAUGAAUUGCUACAAGAAGUCAAAGUUGAGAACACAGCCAACAUGCCCCAGGGUCUUGAUCCUGAAUCUAUUGCUGCUCGGCUAAAGCUACAAGAGAAGAAACAGACCAUCGACCAGGUGGAAACCCUGCUUGAACUUGCUAUGACACUGAAGUGGUGAUACCGUAAGCAUUAAUGUCCAAGGAAUUCAUGUAUGUAUUAUCCAUGACAACUGUAGUAAGAAAUGUAAAUUGCUUAUAAGAUAAGAAAUUUGUUCGUCUGUAGAAUCUGAAAUAAUAAAUGAAAGAUUGAGGGAUGCGAUAAGUAUAAAUCAGUUUAUUUAAAGCGAUUCAUAAUGCAUAGCCCA